UGUUGAAUUCUAAGUUACAGGUUGAUCAUUUCGCUCUCUCUUUCUCUCUCUCUUCUCUUCUUUCUCUCUUCUUCAUUUCCAUCUCCAACUCUCUCUGAAUCCGACAGUCUGUACAUUAAACACUCAUAUUUCUUCAACAAUUACCCAUUUCUGCAAAUCUUCACCUUUCAAAAUGGACACAUUGUUGGUUCCGCCAUGGCUAGAGCCAUUGUUGACCACGGCCUUUUUUACAGUAUGCCGUACACAUGGAGAUGCCGCCAGGAGUGAAUGUAAUAUGUAUUGUUUAGAUUGUAAUGGAGAUGCAUUUUGCUUCUAUUGCCGCUCCUCGAAACACAAAGAUCAUCAAGUUAUUCAGAUAAGAAGAUCGUCAUAUCAUGAUGUUGUGAGAGUUUCAGAGAUUCAAAAGGUAUUGGAUAUAAGUGGAGUUCAAACGUAUGUGAUAAACAGUGCUCGGGUUUUGUUUCUGAAUGAGAGGCCUCAACCGAGAAGUGGUAAAGGAGUUGCUCACAUUUGUGAAAUUUGCGGAAGAAGCUUACUCGACCCUUUUCGUUUCUGUUCAUUGGGAUGUAAGCUUGCAGGAAUAAAGAGAAAUGGAGAAGCAAACUUUACCUUGGAGGUUAAGAAUGAGGUAUUAAUGGAAAGAAGAGAAGGAAUAUCAAAAUUAGAAGAAUUGCGUGAAGGCUCACAACAUCACAUUUACCCGCCCGCGUCUCCCAAACCUCCUUCAAGUGCAAGAAGAAGAAAGGGCAUUCCUCACAGGGCACCCUUUGGCUCCUAAUAUUAUUAACGGCCGCCUUGUUGAACCCUAUAUGUACAUUCAUUCAAUAGGGGUACAUUUCUGAUUCGACAACAUUAUUGACCAUUGAUAACUGUUGGAUUAACAAUCUGUUAAUCUAUGGUCCCAAAGAUCGAUAAUGUUGUCAAUUUGAUAAUUUAAGGCAUCCUUUUGGUUGGGGUGUUCAAAAAAACAAAAGGGUAAGUAAAAUUAGGCUUUUUUGGGGGCUAUUGGGACCCAAAACAACAAAAUUCUCUCUUGUGAAGAAGCCAAUAAUGCAGAAUUGUUAUUGAUAGUUGCAAGGUGUAAAUGUAAUUAAGAAAAUAUAAAGCAAGUCUUUGUGGAGUCCGCUUUCUAGUUUUUGGUGGGUCCAACAACCCACAUGGGCAGAUUACAUAAAGAAC